AUGGCGACCCAAACAGACGCCGAGAAGACCUUCCGGUCAUACACGAAGGAUCAAGGCCAAAACUACGCCCAGCACCGCAUGAAGUACAGCCAGGCGCUCUACGACGACAUCAUAUCGCACCAUACUUCCACAGGCGGCAAGUUUGAGAGUGCGGUGGACCUAGGGUGCGGCCCAGGGACGGCGACCUUUGCCAUCGCGCGCACUUUCGACAACACGAUCGGCCUCGACCCUUCUGAGGGCAUGGUUAGCACUGCGCGGUCCUUCCUGGGCCAGGAACACAUCAACGGCAAGGUCAGGUUCGACGUGUCGACGGCCGAGGACAUCGAUCCUGCCCUGGUCCCGGACGAUAGCGUGGACCUCAUCACCGCAGCCACGUGCGCCCACUGGUUCGACAUGCCUCGGUUCUGGGUGUCUGCGGCUCGUGUCCUCCGGCCGGGCGGGACGGUGGCGAUGUGGUGCUCGAAAGCCAACACCAUCCACCCCUCUGCCCCAAACGCGGCUGCGAUCAAUGAUGCAACGGCCAAGAUCGAGGAGGAGAGCCUCGCGCCUUUCUUCGGGGCGGGGAACCGGCUGACUCGAAACCUGUACUCGACUAUUGGGCUCCCGUGGACGGUCAGCCCUCCCGUGCCAGACUUUGACGAGACCACGUUUUACAGGAAGGAGUGGGGCGUCGAGGGCAAUGAUGAGUCCUUCUUCGAGAACAAGCAUAUGAUAUUUGAUAUGGACACGUUGGAGAAGUUGCUGGGCACCGCCAGCCCCGUCACGAGGUGGCGAGAAGCUCACCCGGAGCUGGCCGGGACGGAGAACGACGUGGUCCGCAGGAUGCGCAGAGAGGUGGAAAGACUUCUUCAUGAGGCUGGAGUUGAGAAGGGCAAGGAGCUCAUCCGAGGCGGGGAGGCCGGAGUGUUAUUGAUGGUCAUGAAGCGAGCGUGA